CGCACGCUCCGAGCCUCUGAAGGUAAAAUGGCGUCGGGUGCCAUUUCAACUGAGUCCAGGAAGAUUUCUGAAUUAAGAGUUGUGGAUUUGAAGUCCCAGCUCAAGCGGAGGAGUUUGGACACCUCGGGUGUGAAGAGCGUUCUCGUUUCCAGAUUGAGACAGGCCAUUGAGGAUGAAGGUGGUGACCCAGAAGAUAUUCAGAUCCAGCUCACAGCCGACACCCCAACACGGAAAGGUGGAAAAGCUAAAGGGAAAAAAGUGGAUUUGGAAGUGGACAGCACACUGGAAGAAGAUGCUCUUUCAAAGGAAACUGAAGAGUAUGAAACAGAAAAAGAUGUAACUGAUACAGAUGAUGGUACUCGUGAACAUUCUAAACCUGCGGCCAGUGAGGACAGCCUUGCUCGCUCUGAAGCUGAGCCUGAGCCGGAACCAGAACCAGAACCAGAGCCAGAGCCAGUGGUGACUGAGGCUGACUCGGAGCCCGAGGUGGAUGCACAGCCUGAGCCCGAGGUGGAUGCACAGCCUGAGCCCGAAAUCGAUGGAGAUGCGGAGCCAGAGGUGGAUGCAGAGCCUGAGCCAGAGGUGGAUGCAGAAGCUGAGCCAGAGGUGGAUGCAGAGGCUGAACCAGAAAUCGAUGGGGAUGCCGAGCCAGAGUUGGAUGAAGACGCCGACCCAGAGAUGGAUGGGGAGGCGGAGGCAGAGGCGGAGCCGGAGGCAGAUCCGCCUGAGCCGGAGCAUGAAGCCAUGAAUUCCUGCAAAGAAGCCGAAGACGAUCACCUGUCCGUCUCAAUCCAAAAUGAAGAUGCCAUCACCCUAGAUGUCGAUGGCGACGACCUCCUGGAAACAGGUAAACAUGUGAAACUUCCAGAUUCAGAGGCAGAGAAGGGCAGUGAUGAGCCAGACGCCUCUGCCGAGACGGGCCGAGAUGAUGACGUGAAGGACGAAGAGAUGGAGGGCCACUCCGAUGGUAAGAGCGAGGAUGGAUCCCAGAAGAAGGAUGGUCGAGACGCCUUGAAGAAAGCCGAAUCCGGAGAUAAAGACAAGGAUUCUGGGAAGAAAGGCCCCUCUGCUACUGGGGCAUCAGGUCGAGCAAAGAGCUCUUCAAGGGACCGAGAUGGAAAAGCAACUAAAGAUGAAAAGGGGGUUGCAGGCGGCAACAGCAGCUCGUCUCGUAACAUCUGGGUGAGCGGCCUGUCUUCAAACACCAAAGCAGCCGAUCUGAAAAACCUGUUUGGCAAAUACGGAAAGGUUUUGAGCGCCAAAGUGGUCACGAACGCUCGCAGCCCUGGUUCCAAAUGCUACGGUUUGGUGACGAUGUCUUCCAGCGCAGAAGUGACUCGGUGCAUUACCCACCUUGACUGCAUAGAGCUGCAUGGGCAGCAGAUCUACGUCGAAAGGGCCAAAAACGAUCCUUUCAAAAAGGAGCCCUCAAAGAAGGAAGGGGAGGACAAAAAAGCCCCGGCAUCUCAUAAAAAAGAAGACAAGAAACUUUCAGAAAAGGACAAAGAUCUGUCCAAGAAGCCAGAAGCCAGGAGUGGAAAAUCCUGCUCGCUUUCUCCUUCGUCAGGACCAGAUUCUGCCAAGAAAGAUGACAGAAAACAUGGACGCACAAGGAGUCCUGGCAAUAUGAUGCCGUUCGAUCAUCCUAAAGGGGAUCCUAAUUUUGCCAGAAUGAGACCGUUCAGACGGGGAAGAUAUUUUGAUAGACCGUUUGUCAACAAUUUUCAACGCCGCCCUAAAUGGUUGAUUCCUCCUGAGGAGCUCGAGAUGAUGAGGGACCGACCGCGCCCAUUUUUUCCAAAGGGGGACGCCAGAGACAUCUUGCCUUUUGAGAAGAUGAAGGAGCAAAAGGAACAGAGGAUGCGUGAGCGGAUGGCUCGUCUGGAGCGCGUGCGGCGAGCUGUUGAGCUGCGCAGACGACGUGAAGUUGCUGAACAAGAGCGUCGGGAGCGUGAAGAACGGGAGAACCUUCUCCGGGAACGUCAGAGACUUGAGAUGGAGAGACAAAAAUUAGAAAGGGAGCGCUUGGAGAGGGAGAGGCUCGAGCGAGAGCGAAUCCGUAUCGAACAGGAAAGACGUAAAGAGGCAGAGCGACUGGCCCGAGAGCGUGAGGAGCUGCGCAGACAGCAGGAGCAGCUCCGAUACGAGCAAGAAAAGAGAAACAACCUCAAGAGAGGCCGUGAAGUGGAGCACGGCCGGAGAGACGAUACCUACUGGAACGGCAACAAGAAGAUGCAGUCUGAGCCCGACGUCCGGAUGAACCAAGGCUCCAGCUACAACCGGCAGCAGAACCGCUUUUCAAACUUUAAUCCACGAGAGAGGGGUCGGUUUCCAGAUUCUGCCGUGGAGCAGCCCAACACGUACGACAGACGUAACCGGUUUGACGGAGAGCCAGAGGUGAAGAAGAGUCGCCCCGCCCCUCACAGAGACGGCUCCGGCUUCGACCGCUACCCCAAAAACUUUGAAACCGUCCGCAGAGCCGAGCUGCCUCCCCCACAGCGCGCAGAGCUCCGGGACACCGACCGCAGAGAGAGAGACGAGCGGCGCCCGGCGCCCAUGCCCGGCAUGUCGCACAACCGCUCUCCGAGGGACGGAGGGCACGGAUGGAAGAAUGACGGCGGAAUGAACUCCAACAAGGGUGACAUCCGAGGACCUAUGCGGAUGCGUGCCGAGCGGUCUGGCAGAGAGGGUCCAGGUCCCGCCAUGAGAGGAGGCCCUUCAGUCAACCGCGGAAGGAGCAACUUCAACGACCGAGACGAAAGAAGACCCAUGGUGAUGAAUGAGCAGCCCUUCAGCUCCGGCCGCCAGGUGGUGGUGGAGCGUCACAGCAGGGAGCCGGGGCUGAGGAAAGACUGGCAUGGGGGCUCAAACUCCCAAGGCGGGGGCUUCGCUGACAAUCGCAGGAUGGGAGACUCUCGAGGCGGCAUGAUGGCUCCCUCAAGUCACUCAUCGGGGAUGAACCGGAUCGUACAGAUCACCAACAGCUCCAUUGCCAGCAGUGGGACAGUGGGGGGGUUCAAGCCCUUCAAAGGAACGCCGCGCCAGUUCUAACCACAAUCAGAUUCU